UUGGAAACUACCCCUCUUUGUAUCCCUGACAGUUUGAAGGUGAGAGAGUGGGUAACUGGGUUUAUUUCUUGUCUGGGUUUCUGGAGAAUUGGAGGAAUGGAAGAUUGCAGGCCAUUGGGAUUCUUGGUGGGACUCCCAUUUGCUCUUAUUGCAGUGGUUCUCUCUCUUGUGGGUGCUGUAAUCUGGGUCAUAGGGUCUGUGGUGAGUUGUUUGUGUCCAUGUUGCUGCUGUUGUGCUGGACUUGUGAAUAUGGCGGUGGAUCUUGUGAAGCUUCCUUUUAAAAUACUUAAAUGGUUCACUGAUCAGAUCCCCUGUUAGUGCUGAUUCUAGGUUUCAAGUAGAUAAUUGAGCGUAACAGGGAUAUCACGUUAUCGUUAACACGUGAUAUUAUCAACUAAUAAUAAAAUAUAAAUAAGAUUAGUGAAUGUCACUAUUCUAAAUUAGUAGUUUCUGGAUAUGGUGGUUAUCGGUAGUUUUUAAAAUAGCGGAACCUACUAAGUUUACAUGGUAUUCUAUAACUAAUUGGUGAUAUCACGUGACGUUGAUGAUAUGGUGUCAUUUGUUACAUUGAAUAUCUUAUAUACAAUGAUUUUUUGUACCUUAUCAUAUUUGAUAUAAAAACAUAUCAAUCCUAUUUCAAGAUGGUGGGAGGACAGGACAGGUAGGCUCUAAGACCAAAUAAACUUCUUGGUUCAAUCCCUAUUGCAUAUCCCUCUUAUUAUUUGUUUUACAUUUUUUUUUCUUGAUUUUCAUCAAUAAUAAAUCGCUUAUAGGAAAUUUGGAUUGACAUAUAUAGUGGGACCCAAUUUAAUGAAUGACAUAAUUUAUUAUUCUAGUUUAAAUUAAUAACAAGCAUCUAAGUUGACAAAAUCAAAACAAUUGCGAGCAAGAAGUAAAAGGUACAACAAGAAGUUAGGUAAGUGCUUCUACCAAAGAAAGAAGAAAGAAUCAAGAAACAUCAAGGUCUUUUAGAUUCAUAACUAACAAACUGAAACCAACACUAAGGAAUCAACGAAAUUUUCUUUCGGGCAGGUACUAAGAAUUGUCAAGAGAGAGGCUGUACUAAAUAAAUUUUCGUAGACAAAGUGAUAUAUGGAAAACAUACAUAAACACCUGCAACAUAUUUCUCUUGAUUAAGUAAUUUAUUGGAAAAGAAGAACUAUUAAACAUAAUGUCUAAUGGAGCACAGUUCUAGCAUGCAUAAAAAGAGAAAAAAAAAUUGAUCUCUGGCCCAAAAUAAAGUUAGCCAGGCUUUGGACCCUUGUGUGGCUGUGUGCUGUCUUGGUGAG